GUCAAACUACCAACUACUCGACAAAUAACAGAGUAAUUGGGGGAAAAUGAUACCAUUUUCUGUCUACAUGAUUCAGAUGUUAGUAUCAAGAACAACAUAUAGGUUGUCAUUGAGCAUCUCAUGAAGUUACCGACUGAAAUAAUAUCAGAAAGACAGUGGUGGGGUUACCACUUACACUGGGCAUUAAGUAUCUAAAAAUGCUCGGGUGAAAUUCAUGAGUUUAAGCACUUGCAUGUAUGGGUAUAAAUAGACUACACUAUGGAGGUGGCCUAUAUUAACCAUAUGGCAGCAUAAAGUCGGUAUCAUAUGACAAGUUGGUCAAAACAAUUUGGCAAUGGUAUAUCCAUAGAGGUAUUGGACUAUCAACAACUUACCUGCCUGGUAAGCAAAAUACAGUGACAGACACCAGGUCACAAAAAAUUAAGGACAACAUCAAGUAGAUGUUUUCAUAUAAAGUUUAACAAAACUAUCAAGCUAUACGAUGCAUUUCAUUGUCUCUGUACUGCACACUGACAAUGACAAUUAAAAUGGAAUGUGAAUCUGAUAUCGAUUAUUUGCAUCAAUGCUAUAUCACCAGGGGUUCGGGGAUGUCCUAUGUAUGUCGCGGGGGGAAACUAGACCCUGGGGCAGUGGAAUCCUCAUAUAUAUAAAAAAAUUUCUCUGGGACAGAUAGUUCCAGCAGAAAGCUUGUCAGCUAUAUAUAUUAACUUUUCUGACCUAUAGGUCAUGUUGUCAUUCAACAAUAUAUUUAUAAUAUUGAUAGACAAAUGCGUUCAUGUUGCAUUGGUGAAAUUAAUUCUAUGUAUUUUUUCCCUUCUGCCUCACCAAUCGAGAACAACGCACAGUACAAAAGGAUUCUGUUUCAGAACUUACGCUAUGACAUGAUUGUUGGAACUUGCAUGGAGUUUUUCCAGUACCCAGGAUUAUUAACAAUCGGAGCCGGGCACAAAUCAACUGUGCCAUGAGAAAAUAAGCUCCUGAGCUGCAGAUUCUGCGCAAGCCUCUGGGACUGGGAUUGUUAUACUGAACAAUCAACUUGCAUGGAGUUUUUUCCAGUACCCAGGAUUAUUAACAAUCGGAGCCGGGCACAAAUCAACUGUGCCAUGAGAAAAUAAGCUCCUGAGCUGCAGAUUCUGCGCAAGCCUCUGGGACUGGGAUUGUUAUACUGAACAAUCAACACCAUGUCAGCAUCCUUUUGAACAUUCACUGGACUACAACACUUGUCCAGCAUCAACAGAAGUGCUGCAAGGAUACAGGGAAAACCUACUCAUCCGAUACAGGUACUACAAACUGGAAUUCCUGGAGAACCGUCAUCACGAUGAAGGAUUCGGCUACAGUACCAUCAACACAGCUAGAAUUGCCCUGACUGUUCUUUUCAAAACAGCUACAGGACAACAGGUAUGGGUUACUGGCUGGGGGUAAAUUUGAAAGGUAUUAAACUCUAAAGCCCUAGACCAAGUACACCCAUAUGUUGGGAUGUCACAAUGGUUAACCAUACUUCAGGGGAUACUCACCAGCCAGACCCCUAAACCUGAACCUUCUAUGCACUAAAAACAUAUGUUGAAGGCACACUGAGCAGCACAGAGGGUCCAGUCACUACUCCUAUUUCAACUGGACACCAUGCUCACAGCUUCAGACCAGAUCUCUAUCAUUUGUCCAGGGAAUGGUCAAACCAGACCAGGAAUACCUUAUCCAGUCAUAAAAUCCGGGCUUACCCGCCAGAAAACACGGUAAUGUACCAAGACCCUUUUUUACCUUACAUAGACACAACCUAAUUAUGCGAGGGAGAUGAAAAGCCUUGUGGGUUGGUCACAAAAAACCUUGUGGUCGGGUAACAAGCCUUUUUGAAAUGGCUAAAGCAGGUUAAAGCUCCUGGGAUAAAACUAACAUGUCAAAGUUGUCAUCCCACAGGAGAAGCUUCCACGUCAACGGCAAAAGAAUGGACGUACCUAUAAACCACAUCCUGGCUCCAGCAGAAUAGUGGGGGUAAAACGUUCAGAGAAAUAAUUUAUUAUAAACUGUUGACAAAACCUGUUUUUUCAUUUGCAGGAAAGAUUCCAAUCUGCAAAUAUUCAAAUUAGCCAAAGGGAGCAUUUAAAUUUCUUCAGUGUCUAUUGUAAAAUACCAUUGGGGUUUCUAUAACAGAAUCAUUGGUUGGUUACGAUACACACUUCCUCCCUCAAAGACUUCGGCAGUGAGUGUAGUAUAACUGUUACACGGUUUGCAAUCACAGAGCUUUGAAAUCUUCACGGAAUCACUCACGUGACUCCGAAGUAAAAUAGUAAGAUUAAACGAGAACUUACCAGUUUGAAGUUUGAUCUGUAUUUUAUGAGGAGUUACGAUGAGGGUUUACGUGCCCUCCGCUCCCACCCUCAUUACAUGGAUCAAACUGAUAAUUGAUGUCUCUUUGUUCUUUACUAUGUUACUUCAAAUACUUGUGUCUAUCUGUGAUUCCACACCGCUGCUUUGAAGUAUGCCGCAACGCGUCCUGGGACGGGCUUCUUCACGUAAACCCUCAUCGUAACUCCUCAUAAAAUACAGAUCAAACUUCAAACUGGUAAGUUCUCGUUUAAUCUUACUAUUUUACCCACUAAUCUCCUAUGUGGGACCUUAUUUACUGCUUUCUGAAAGUCCAGGUACACUACACCCACUGGCUCUCCCUUGUCCAUUUUCCUAGUUACACCCUCAAAGAACUCAAACCGAUCCGGCUACUGCUAUCCAAAAGCUAUUUCAUCUUUUAUAGUCAGAGUGAGGAUAUUGUGUGGAGGUGGGGAUCAGGGAGGGGAGGUGAGGGUGGUGCAGGUUGGAACAUGGUGGUGGUGCCCCAGUUGUCACGGUUCCUGUCCCCACCCCCGGGGGGUUGGAACCGCGACACAAACUAACACUCUAGAAUGUAGCAUUUUGAACGAUGCAGACAAUGAGCAGCGGCACCGGGGGGCGGGACAUGGACACAGACACAGACAGACGGCGUUGGAGGAGGUUGUGUCUGGUGUCAGCUCAGCUAUACCCUACCCCCAUCUACCAUCAUCUAUUAUACUAUACUAUAGGUGCAGCGGGGUCAAGCGGUGACCAGAAGGGGAGUGGGUGAAGUGGCCACGCUCCCGCUCCUUGUUCCUGGCGCCGCGGCGAAGCUUCUGCUGCUCGGACCCCGCAGGGACCAUCACUCGUCAGUGCGGAAGACUGGCAGUGCCGUGCUUGGGCUGAGACUCGGGGUGGUGGUGCUACGGUGAGGAUGUCCCACCGCAGUCCCUGUCUGGCCACCAACGACUACUACCGGCACAACGACGACACCUCCAGCAGCAGCGGCGGCUCCAGCAAAUCCGGCGCUCCCUCUUACAUGGAGACUCCCGUCAGGUUGCACAAGAAAAGGUCAAACAGCAAGGGGCCGGGACCUGUGCCUGGUGUCAAACGUUCACCGUCCAACAGUUCAGUCAACAGUCUGAGUAGCUACAUCAGCAACAUCAGCAACGUCAGCAACGUCAGCAACGCCUCCAAGUGCUCUCAGCACUCUCAUCGCUCUCUGCACCUCAGCAGCAGCAGCGGCUGGCAGGAGCCCAUCGCAGUCACAGGGCCGUCCAGCUUUGAGGACAGCUACGAAGAGAAAUUCAACAGAGCAUACGGCAGGAUGGGGAGACUGACUGCGUCUUCCACUUCUUCCAACAUCUACUUGUCGUCCACAUCUGGCUACUCCUUCCAGGAUGAGCUGCAGGGUUUGGCUUACCUUGAAUUGUUCUCUCCCUUUGCCAAGCUGUGGGGCUGGAUCUCGCUGCUGUCUCCAGGUACCUGCAUUACUAAUCUUCCCUCUUCUGUGGUCCAUGGCCCCAAAACUCUGCUCCAGUCAACCAGUGCCCUGCUGAUACUGGACCCAGUGGGGAGGUACAGCCCGCUGCUCUCUCCUUAAACUCCCAGGGUUUGCACAAGGCCUGGUCCCCAGUGCUGUGUUGUUGGUGCAGCCUAGGACCACAGUCAGUGCGGGAGGAAGCCGCCUUCCAGCUUGGUACUCCAGUGUGUUCCCUCAGCCUGACUGGGUCACUCACUGAGAUGAGUGGUGAGUUGCCCAGAGGACCAUAGAGUCAAGAGACGACUGACAGUCAAUGCUCGGUUACUCGAUCCCGACUGAAGUCAUGUUGUAACACCUAAGGGUUUGUGUUCCAGGGUCACUGGGGCGAUGAAAGAAUAGGAUCUCCUUUAGAUUUCCCCAGCUGUGUGGCACCGAGGAUGCUUUUGAAAUGUAGUGUGAGGUGGUGGCUCGUGGCCAAGCUCGCACACAGCAUUGUGGUGAUGAGCAGAUGCCCAUGUUCAAUAAAUCUAGAUUUCUCUAACUUCAAGUAACCCUCUCUCUCCGUCCAUCCCCCUCCUUAGUCGUUGUACUAGUUUCACUGUCGUCCUGGUGAGUUUCAUUGUGUGUAUCAUUCGUUAACACCGAGCCCACAGCCAACCAACAAUGGACCCUUUCCUUCAUCAUCGUAACUUUUUUGCAUAUCUUUCAUUCAUUUGUCCCAUAUCUCUCUACAUCACCGUCUAUAUCACUUGUUUCACUUUCCCCUGAUUCUCAAUAUAAAGAAGGGUCUCGACCCGAAACGUGGAUUGACACCUGGAAGUAUGAUGUUGUGGCGAUCAGUGAAACAUGGUUGCAGGAGGGCUGUGAUUGGAAACUAAAUAUUCCAGGAUUUCGUUGCUUCAGGUGUGAUAGAAUUGGAGGGGCAAGAGGUGGAGGUGUUGCAUUGCUUAUCAGGGAAGAUAUUACAGCAGUGCUUUGGCAGGAUAGAUUAGAGGGCUCGUCUAGGGAGGCUAUUUGGGUGGAACUGAGAAAUGGGAAAGGGGUAGCAACACUUAUAGAGGUGUAUUAUAGACCGCCAAAUGGGGAGCGAGAAUUGGAAGAGCAAAUAUGUAAGGAGAUUGCAGAUAUUAGUAGUAAGCACAAGGUAGUGAUUGUGGGAGAUUUCAAUUUUCCACACGUAGACUGGGAAACACAUUCUGUAAAUGGGCUGGAUGGGUUGGAGUUUGUAAAAUGUGUGCAGGAUAGUUUUUUGCAGCAAUACAUAGAAGUACCUACCAGAGAAGGGGCGGUGCUGGACCUCCUGUUAGGAAAUGAGACGGGUCAGGUGGCAGAGGUAUGCGUUCGGGAACAUUUAAAAAUAAAUUGGAUAGUUAUAUGGACGGGAAGGGAAUGGAAGGUUAUGGUCUGAGCGCAGGUAUAUGGGACUAGGGGAGAAUAUGUGUUCGGCACGGACUAGAAGGGUCGAGAUGGCCUGUUUCCGUGCUGUAAAUUGUUAUAUGGUUAUAUGGUUAACAGUUCGGGACCAGUGAUCACAAAACCAUUAGUUUCAAUAUAAUUAUGGAGAGGGUCAGAACUGGACCUAGGGUUGAGAUUUUUGAUUGGAGAAAGGCUAACUUUGAGGAGAUGCGAAAGGAUUUAAAAGGAGUAAAUUGGGACAGUUUGUUUUAUGGGAAAGAUCUGGAAGAGAAAUGGAGUACAUUUAAAGGUGACAUUUUAAGAGUACAGAAUCUUUAUGUCCCUGUUCGGUUGAAAGGAAAUAGUAAAAA